AUGAUCUCUCGGAGACAUCCAUUUCCACAUUGGGUAAGACACUUCGGCGUUACUGACGCUGCCGGCUCCGCUACUGGAACAAUUGGCAAAUAUCUAACUGAGGCAUUACUCAAAUCUGGCAAGCAUGCUGUCACGGCCCUUACUCGAGCAGAGAGCCCUGCCAAGUUUCCCGAGGGUGUUCAAGCCGCCACUGUGAAUUAUAAUGAUGAAAACUCCCUGAUUGAAGCCCUGAAGGGCCAGCAAUUUCUCAUUAUUACCAUGCAUACUAGAGCGCCAGCAGAUGCGCAGAGCAAAAUCAUCCGCGCCGCAGCCAAAGCAGGCGUUCCAUAUGUCAUGACAAAUCACUAUGGCCCUGAUUCCAGGAAUGAGCAAUUAAUGAAGGACAUCAUUAUUGGAACACAUGUUGCUGAGACUGCGCGGGAGGCGGAGAGUCUCGGUCUAAUUCACAUUGAUCUCUCCUGCGGUUUUUGGUACGAGUUCAGCCUCGUUGGCGACAAGGAUCGAUACGGCUUUAAUCUUGUCGACAACUCAGUUACUUUCUUCGACGAUGGGAAAGCCCAGAUCAACACAAGCACCCUAGACCAUUGUGGCCGUGCGGUCGCCGCACUCCUCAGUCUACCGAUCCUCCCGGCGGAUGAGCAUGACGACUCUACAACCUUGUCCAAGUACUUCAAUAACACAGUAUAUAUUUCUAGCUUCUUGGUAAGUCAACGAGAGAUGUAUGAGAGCGUCAAGCGUGCCACUGGCACAUCGGAUGAAGAUUGGAAAAUCUCCUUUGAGAGUAGUGUAGAGAGAUACAAGGCAGCGGUGGAAGCCCUACCGAAAGGCGAGCAUUCUGCAUUUGUGAGACUUCUAUAUACGCGGGUGUUCUUCAAGAAUGGAGAUGGUAACUUCGAGGCCAAGCACGGAUUGGCGAACGGCACUCUCGGUCUGCCGAAGGAGGACUUCGAUGCGACUACCAAGGCUGGCAUCGACGCAUGGAAAUCUGGGGAGUUGGAGCCAUACUAA